GUGACCUCGGAAAAGUCCAGUUUCCCCAAAACCUCUCUGUAAGUGCGAUUUCUAAAACCCUAACUUCAAUUUUUGUUCCCCAAUUCUUCAAUUUCUGUAACAAUGUUUCGUUCUCUAUGCAAUACAUUGAUCCGAAAGGGAGGAGAUUCAAAACCCCUCUUUCUAUGCUCACAUCUUACAUCACAAAACCCUUGUUUUGUUCCUGUUUGUAUCAAGGUUAGAUUUUUUUCUUCAUCCUCCAUAAAUCACAAUGAUUCUUCUUGUUCUUCAUCAUUCAUUCAUUUGUAGUUUCUUACUUGAUGAAUUCAUGUGGGUUAACUGAGAAACAAGCUCACUCUGCUUCUAAGAAACUGAAUUUCAAAACCACAUCAAAAUUACGGGUUUACUAAAUCCAACAUCUCUAGAAUAAUCAUGAAGAAGCCUGAAUUCCUUUCAUUUAAUACUCAUAAAACCUUUAAACCCAAACUUUAUUAUUUCCUUUCUAAAGAAAUUUCUAGACUUGAACUUAUCAAACCCAGAAAUGCUAAAUAGAAGUUUAGAGAACCAUAUUAUUCCUGUUUUCGAUUUCAUCAAGAACAUAGUUGGUACUGAUAGAUACGUUUUCGCCAUUUUUCGACGCUCAAGGUUUCCUCUAGAACUAAUUGAGAAAGUGAUGCACAACAUAGAGGUUUUGAGAGAUGAAGGUGUCCCUCAAUCAAAUAUUGUCAAGUUACUGAUCAACAGACCGACGACACUAAUGAUUAGCACUGUUAAAUUCAAUGACAUUUUACAAGAGAUUAUGGGUAUGGGUUUUGAUCCUCACAAAACUGCAUUGCUAUUCAUGUAAUCACAUCGAUGAAUAAAUCGACUUGGGAGACAAAACUGAAUGCUUACAGGAAAUGGGGUUGGUCAGAAGAUCAAAUUCAAAAUGCAUUUAUGUUACAUCGUCAGUGUAUGAGGAACUCAGAGAAGAAGAUAUCGACGACAAUGGAUUACCUUGUGAAUCAAAUAGGUUAUAGUUCAUUGCUUAUUGCCCGACGCCCAGUGAUUUUGAAUUAUAGCUUGGAGAAGAGGAUCAUACCGAGGGUUUCUGUUCACCAAAUAUUAGCAGCCAAAGGUCUGAUGAAGGAUAAAAUUUCCUUGCAUACAAUUUUGCAAAUGGGUAAGGAGUCUUUCUUAGACAAGUUCGUCAGGAAGUAUGAACAACAAGCUCCUGAGCUAUUGAAGGUCAAAGAACUCUCAUGAGAAACUGUUGGCUAAUAUAGAUCUAACAGCACAAACAUACAAAGGUUUCUCUGGAAAAGGUAUUUGCUAUGAGCAUCAUUUCAUAACCCACUCGGAAUACUCACCAACUUAAAUGUAUGCGAUUGCAUAAUGCAAGAUUUUUCGCAUAUCCAGUGUCAUCACUGUGUGGGAACUGUGGGAACUUACCCGUGAUAUUAUCCCUGUCUCUACUAGGAUAGCUAGAAAUAGUAGUCUUUGUAUCUCCUAGUAUCAGUCCAAUGAUUUGCUAUGACAUGCUGCAGUAGCUUUUGGAGUAUCCCCAAUACAACAAUCAAAGACUAAAUUUUUUCUUCAUUUAAAGAAGACUCACAAGUGGCUUCAAUGCAACAGAAAUUAGUCUGGCAUCAUGGCAUAGUAUGUGGAUUUGUCUGGAAGGCUUGUUAUGAGAAAUACUUUAAAAAUAUAUCAACCGCAGAGGAAGGAAGUCUGCUAGGAGAUGUUGCUGUUGUACUAUGGCUACAAAUUUUCGAAGACAGAAAGCAAGCGGGAAGAUUUUAAGUUAAUGAAACUGUUAUUGUAGAAAAUGAGAUAGGAUCAGACCGACCUAUCAAAUACUGACUUGUAGAUUAUAUUAGAGAUAACAUAACUAUAUUUAGGUUUUUCAUUUGUUUUUUUUCAAGUCAUAAUGGCAUUUUAGCAAACUAGGUUUGCAGCAAGCUACUACUCGAGGUCUGUAAUUAGUAAAGAAUGGUAACACAUCAUGCCUGAAAUCAAUAUUUUGGCUGUGAGUAUAUA